UAUUGACACCACUCUGCAUGUUGCCGAGUAGUUAGUAAGAUCUCUGUCACCGCGGAGUGCGCACGUAGCCGCCAAACGUUAUGCGACUUACGCCGCUUGAUAAAUAAACGUACGCGGCACACUGAAAUUAUGACUUUUGGACUAAUCGCCGAAACAGAAGAAAGCGGCAGAUUAUUAGUUCUCGAUCGAAAAUUAAGAAUAGUGUCCAGAUAUUGGGAGGUCGACGGCGAUUGCACUGCCGAGAGGCUCCCCAAGCAGAGGCUACUUUUUGGACUUUAAAAGUUUCGCGAAAGUUUUUUUUUUUAUAGACACAAACAAAUUUCUAUUAGUGUUAAGUGCAAUAGGUGAACUGUGUUGUGUUGUUUUUAUUUUUGGGGGAUUUUUUUUUGGAUUCACAAAAUGGUUCCGCAACAAAUUUCGGAUGUGAGGUCCUUAACGCCUACGUCCAAUGGUGUUCCUGUUUUUGGUUCACAACUAGUCGACAAAAAUUCGUCGACACCAUACACUGAUGCCACUCAGACGAAAAAGAACAAUCCGAACCACAUCAAGAGGCCGAUGAACGCAUUCAUGGUCUGGUCGCAGAUUGAGCGCAGAAAAAUAUGCGAACAAACACCGGACAUGCACAACGCGGAAAUAUCCAAAAACCUCGGCCGUGUUUGGAAAACUUUGAACGACGAAGAGAGACAACCCUUCAUCGACGAGGCGGAGAGACUCAGGCAGCUCCAUAUGCGAGAGUACCCUGACUACAAGUACAGGCCUCGCAAGAAGACUGCGAAACCGGCGCAGAGGAACGGCGGUGUCACUAAGCAGAAGCGCAAACAACGCGCCGAUACGAAUAACAACAGAGGCGUUACCAGACGGCGAUCGCGGCCCACACCUCCCAGCGUCCCGAUGAUGCCCAUAGAGACGCCCGCACCGCCAGCUCUGCCCGCAUCUCCUGCUGGCUCGCCAGAUUCUCCCGAAUCAGCUUGCUUGUACGAUGACAAUUCCCGUCGCGAGCAGACCGACUUGACGGACCUGUACUCAAUCACGGACCUCCUCCGCCUGCCCGCAGACUGCGAGGUCGACCUGGACGUGCUCACGGACAUGGAGUCCUUCGAGACCGCGUCGUCCUCCUCGGGCUCGCACUUCGAGUUCUCCUGCACGCCGGACGUGUCUGACAUGCUGAGCGAGAUCGGCGUGACGAGCGCCUGGGACGAGACCGCGUUCUCGUCGUACCUCACGUCGUCUUAGAGCGGUGUAGGGUCGCCUCGGCCGCUGGCCGGUACCACUGAUCUCAUUUUCGAGCCGCCACACGGGGGCCGACGACGCGGCGACCGCUCGCCGCCCCGCCUAGAGAGUGCCUACAUCCAAUUGACGUGUCGACAUUUGGAUUCAAUGUACAAAGUUAUUUAAUAAGGUUUCGAGUGUGUUUAGUUCGCCGAUCGGCCACGUGGCCGAUUCACCUUGGUUCUCUCGGUUUAUCGUUUAGUUUAGAAAGUUAAGCCGGCGUCCUGGAAACGCGAGGUCGGAUCUGGUUAAUAUAGGCUGUGAGUUGGUUCUUUUAAACCGUUGCUUUCGUUGAUUUUUCAAAUUUAUCGGGGUGAUUUCCAAACGGCACGUCUCAGACGCAUCUCAGUAAAUAAUCCGUCUUACUCUCCGUCGCCUGGUUAGCAAGCCGCGGAGCUUGCAUUGCCGCACGCUCGCACCGCGUUGUCGCGUCCGUAUAUUCUAUAAGUGUACAUUACUCGAGUUGGCUUCUUUAUAGUAAGUUUGCAACCCUCGCUCCCUUACUUUAUUUUAUAACUUUUACCCUGUAGACAAUUUUUAUUUACGUUAACUAAACAUGUAUAAUUCGUAAUAGAAAAUUAAACUAGUUUAUAGUCAUCUUCUCUUGCGUUCGUACGUAAGUUCACUUAUAUUUUGAUGCACAUAGAUGAUAGUUGGAUUAUGAUUUACUGGCGGAAGCUGAUCGGAAUGUCAUUGGUAAGAAUUUCGGAGUGCGGGAUUUCGAGUAAGCUAUUUUUGGGAAGGGCCCUUGCCGUGUUCGCAUUUUGCAAAGAGCCACGCGCGUACCACUUUUGUCGGUUAUCUUUUUUACCGUUGCGCGCGUGACUCCUUCCAAACCUUUCGUUGGACGCACGGCUCGGGGAGCGUAGGUUCGAGUCUCUAUGUCUCGCUAUAUAUACGUUAGGUUGCUUAAGAUAAGGUUUCUACGUACGAUGGUAAGGUAUAAUGUAAAGUUACGACGGCACCUCAGGAUCGAUGCUAAGGGACACUUCAACUUUCUCCUUGAUUUCUUUGGUCUUUAUGCUUCACAAAGUCUAUAGAAAGAUACAUAUCAAUGAAGGGAACGUACUGUAUCGCGGGACGGUUAUAGUCAAUCGAACAAAACUAUAGCUCGGUUUCACUCAAAUAUUUUGCUGUUUCAUACUCUGUGAUUUACUUUACGGAAUUUCUAAAUUAUAAGGAUAUAUAGUGGAGACUGAUAUCGCAUAGAUUAGUUUUAGCAGCGCUAGCUUCUCGAACUUUUUUUAUUUUUAGAACUGGGCAUAACUCUUAAUGAUAAAACAAGACAUAUUUUUGAUAUUUUGCUUCUCUGUGGCAAUCGGGCUUGUAAUUACGAACAUAGCUACAUUUUCAACCCAGCCCGUCUCGAUUACCACAGCAAAGCGCUCAACAAAACUAUUUGUAUUUUCAUAAACUGUCAAUUCAUUGAAAAUCAUGUCAGUUAUUUGCGUACUAUAUACAAACUAGCCUCUCUCGUUUUAAGAUAUUUGUAAACUCGGUGUAAACUUUACUUCAGAUAACGAAAUCCAUAUUUGUAGAUAAUCUGUGUCCCACAUAUAAAAUAAGGGAUCCGUUGUGCUCUAUUCAUAAAAAACAAAAUGCUUUACUUAUACUAUUAUAUUCUUAUAAACAUAUUGUAAAAACUUCGUGUACUUAGUGAGUGUCUACGAAAUCCAAUUAUUUUUAAAGAUGCAUAAAACGUGUUAUCUAUACAUUAUUUGUAUUGCAAAUCUGUAAUUUAUACUAUCUACUGUGUGUUGUAGGGCAAUAUGAUAUAUUAUAUAUACAAUCGAUACUUUAUAAAAGAUAAAAAAAUAAAUUCGUGCCUAAGAAAAAUUUCGAUUUCAAAUGUAUAUUUUAGUGAUGCUCAAAUUUAUCUUUAUAAGCGAGUAGAUGUAGUUGCUGUUAUAUCGAUGUGAAAUUAUUAACACUUAGAUUUUCAAUUACCAGGUUUGCAUUUUGUAUUGUUUGCUUUUAAACCUUACGAUAACGAGUUCUACCAAUGUGUACAUUCAGUUGUAUCUAUUUUAUGUUAAACAUGUUACGUCUGAUCAAUUUUUAACCGACUUCAAAAAAAGGAGGAGGUUAUCAAUUCGGCUGGUAUGUUUUUUUUUAUGUAUGUACA